AUGGGCUCACCACGCAACCCCUCACUGUUCUCAUUUCAGCCUCCUCUGCACUCAAGCUCCCUUCUUCUUCAAUCCUCCCUUCAUCAGCAGCUUAUUGACAUCGCAUGCUACUUGAGAGAAUCUGUAUUCCAGAGAAGUGAGUACUUUGAGCAGCGCCAAUUCAGCGACGGCUCCUCAGCUAGGACUAAUCUUGGAAAAAGGGUCAAAUGUAAGAUCUGCAAGAAGAUUCGUUCCGCGAAUGCCUUUUCCAAACGUCAGCUGGAGGAGCUUCGCAAGGCGAUGCUAAAACAUGGCGCUACCGGUCUCAAUGGCCCGGGCUAUGCUGGCUGUCGUGCCUGUAUCACUCACCAGGUCGUCGAGCUCACGUGCUGCGUGUGUGACAAGACGAAGGCUUUGGAGUUUUUCAGCAAGAAUCAACGCCGUGAUCCCGAUAGUGCGAGAUGCACCAACUGUGUUCAAGGUCAGAUGGACACCGAACCGGUGAUGGACGACGCCAAGCUGCUCCUUGAUGACGAGAGUGCCAUCGAUACAAACACCUACAUGAGCCAGAGCGAUGCCUACACUAUCAAUUCAUUCCGUACCCUUUCCAUUGCAGGUGGAGAUAACCUGUUAUCCGGCUCGAACUCUGUGGUCAUGUCAGACCACACAGUCAAGUUGUCUUACCAGGCUCCCUCCAAUGCCAUGAGCAAGGGUAAGGGGAAAGAGGAGAAUGCAUCUUUGGGCGGUGGAGUUUGGUUGGAACAAGGAAGCCGUUUUCCCGAAGAAAUGAUGGGCCCCAACGCCACAGGAGGAGUUCCCCUUACUCAAGGAAAUGCGCAUCUUCGUAUCGCUGCGCCACCUUCCGAAGCAGCUGAAAACUCGCUCGCCAAUGGUGCUCGGGAUGCUUGGAAAACUGCAAGCUCAGUUCGAUCUCAGCAAUCCGUCCAACCAUCUGGAAUGGUUAUUGCCAAAAGGACCUCGAACUUUGCAAAGAUCCCUGCCGCACAAUUGCCGAAGGAACAAAAGCCAAAUAUGUACAAGGACGAGCCUGAGGGUGAGACCAUCGAGUCUGAUGAAUCCUCCUUUGAAGAUGAUGACGUUCAGACCUGGAUUUAA